AUGACCGAGCCAGGAGCAGGUGAAAUGGGCCGAGAUGACGAGGAAACCUACGUGGAAAAACAGCUUGAUGACGAUACAGAAACGGCAGACAUAGGCGAUAUACCUAGUUCCAACGAGAACAUCCUCCAGUCUCUUGUCACCAAAGGCACUCGCAAGUUCAACCGGAUGAAGGAACUAGAGCGGCUACUACCCACUCGGCAACCGAGUGACAAAAUACGCCGCUCAAGCACAUUUGCUCCUGCUCCCUCAUAA